AUGGUCGGACGUGUCGCGGGUGGGGAGGCGCCCGGCGGUGCCGCCCAGGACGCGUCGGACAGGGCUUUGAUGCAUCUUGUUAUUCGCCAGGUGAAUGCUGUGACCUCGGCGAUGCGCUCGAGCCCACGGUGGGCGCUCGCGGCGGGCGCGCCAAACGCGCUACUGUCGUCCGCGACGACCUCAACGUCGGCGCUGAGCUUGACGCGCGCCGCGUACACGCUCGCGCGCAGCGAUGCGCCCGAGGCGGAUGCCGACGCACGGAACGAGAGCAACGUCGGCUUGCUGGGGGGCUUUACUGUGCUCCGCGCCCAGCUGCGCCUCGUGACCAAGGCAACGGACCUGCCGCUCCCUACGAUCCUCACGCACUUUUUGCGCGUCGUGCUCAGCGCGCGGACGACCGGGGCGGUGACGCAGACCGUGCUCGAGGCGCUGACGAGCUUCCUGGAGCAUGGCCUCUUCCGCGAGGACAGCAUUGGGCUCGUGCGCGGUGUCCAAGAAGUCGCGCAUGCCACGUCGCACUGCCGCUUCGAACCGUCAGACGCGGGCAAGGACGAGGUCGUGCUCCUUACGAUCCUCGACGUGAUGGUCGACCUGGUGUGCGGCCGCGCGUACGCCGCCAAUGGACACGGCGCGCCGCUCGUCGACAUGCUCGGCGACCGGAGCAUCUGUGAGAUGAUGGAGACGUGCCUGAGCAUGUGCUGCCAGACGCGCCUGUCGACCGCGCUGCGCCGCACCGCCGAACACCGCAUGCUGCGCAUGACGCGCGAGAUCUUUUCGCGCCUCGCUACGAUGCCUCUCGAGGCAGAUGCGGCGUACAAAGGCGACGGCCGCGCCGAGCCGGAGCUCGCGACGCUCACCGCCGAGCACGUCGGCGGAGACGGUGACGAGAGCCGGCACCGCAUGGCGAUGCCGGACCCCAAGAGCGUGCAUAUUCCCAGCGCAGGCCUGCCGGAGCGGCAGGGCGAAGCAGACGAGCCCGAAGAGGCCAACGAGCCGGAUGCCGAGGCACAGGAGGCGCAAGAGGCGCAGGACACCCAAGCUCCCCCAGCGCCGGAAGCCGCGCCCGAGGAGGCGCCUGUCGAGGCAGCGCCACCGAGCCCGCCGCACGCGGGCGACGCGCACGACGACGAGGCGCCUGUCCCGACGGAAGAACAAGGACCUUUUGGCCUCGCCGCGCUGACCGAGGUCCUGCGUGUGCUCGUGUCGCUGAUGGACCCCCAGAGCACGCGCCAUACAAUGACGAUGCGUAUUCUCGGCCUGCACCUACUGGGCGGCCUCCUCGAGACGCACGGCGCGCUGAUCGCCAAGUUCCCUACGCUGCGUGCGCUGUUGCAGGACUCGGCGUGCCGCUACCUUUUCCAGUUGGCCAACACCGAGAACCACACAGUGGUCGCCGAGAGCCUGCGUGUGCUUUCGAUCCUCUUUGACGAGAUGCGCACGGAUUUGAAGCUGCAGCAGGAGCUCUUUCUGCUGUUUCUCCUGCAGCAGCUGCGCGGCCAAGUGCCCCUUGUACAGGAGCCUUGGCGCACGGACGGCAAGGACGGGGCGCAGCCGGUGACCCUGUCGUGCUUCCGCGCCGGCUCGAGCGGCGAGAUGCGUGAGCUGUUCCUCGAGUCGCUGAGCCUGCUGCUCGACCGCAGCGGCUCGGACGCGUUUGUUGAGCUGUGGCGCAACUACGACUGCGAUUUACACUGCUCGAACCUCUACGAGCAGCUCGUGCACUUCCUCUGCCGCUCCAUCUUUUCUCAGCCGCUGCAGCCGUCGGAGAAGGCGCGGCCUGCCUUUUCCGGCCUGCAGCUCGUCUCGCUCGAUCUUGUGCUGGGCCUCAUUGCGCGCAUGGCCGAGCGGUACGAGGACGUGGCGGACAGCGCACAGACGUCGCGCCUCUUGGCGCAGCGCUCGCGCAAGUACGUCCUAGCCGCAGGGGCCGCCGAGUUCAACAAGAAGCCCAAGGACGGCAUCGCGUUCCUCGAGAAGGAGCAGCUGAUCGAUACCGAGAGCCCCAAGGCGCGUGCACGCAGCAUUGCGCACUUCCUCAAAGAGUCGCCGCUCGUCGACAAGCGCCUUCUGGGCGACUACAUCUCGCGCCAGGAGAACGGCGAGAUCCUCACCGAGUUUAUGGACCUGUUCGACUUCCGCGACAUUGACGUGGCCGAGGCGAUGCGUGCGCUGUGCGAGGCUUUCCGCCUGCCGGGCGAGGCGCAGCAGAUUGCGCGUGUCACCGAGACGUUUGCGGCCGCGUACUUUGCGACAAAGCCCGCUGGAAUCCGCAGCGAGGACGCUGUAUACGUGCUGGCCUACAGCAUCAUCAUGCUCAACACCGACCUGCAUAAUCCCCAGGUGACGCGCCGCAUGACGAUCGCCGACUACCAGCGCAAUCUCCGCGGCGUAAACGACGGGGUGGAUUUUGACGCAGACUACCUCGCGACGAUCUACGACGAGAUCCGCCGCCGCGAGAUUGUCAUGCCAGAGGAGCACGCGGGCCAGCUCGGCUUCGACUACACCUGGAAGGAGCUCCUGCGCAAGUCGCGUGCCCAGGCGCCGCUGGUCGACGCGCCGCCCCAGGGCCUCGACCGCGCGCUCUUCCAGCACAGCUGGCGCCCGUUUGUGGCGAGCAUUGCGCACGCCUUUGCCCAGCUCCAGGACGAGCACUUGCUGCAGCGUGUUAUUGCGGGGUGCCGGCAGUGCGCCGUGCUUGCGCGCGCGUACGACGUGCCGGACGUGUUUGACUACAUGGUGCACCACUUUGCGCAGUCGACUGGCCUCCUCCGCUCGCCGCUCGCGCUGGACACGGCGGCGAACGCGGAGCAUGUCCUGGACGGGCAGACGAUCAUGAUCAGCCCGCUGUCUGUGCACUUUGGCACAAACUUUAAGAGCCAGCUCGCGGCUGUCGUCCUCUUUACGAUUGCAAACGGCAAUGGCGGCGCGAUCCGCGGCGGCUGGGACGAUAUCCUCGGCCUGUUCGAGACACUGUUGCCAAACGGCCUCCUUCCUCCGUCGGUCGCGAGCAUGCGCGAUGCGUCGCUCGCGGCCAAGAUUCCCAUUCCUCUCAAGGCGAAGAAGGGGCCGAUGCUGCGUGCGGCGCCCGCGCAGAGCGGCGGCCUCUUUUCCACGCUCUCGUCCUACUUCCUCUCGCCGUACGGCGGCGCAGUCGAUCCGAUGGACGUCGGCGAGGCCGAGAUCGAGAGCUCGCUGUGCACGCUCGACUGUCUCGCCUCGUGCAAGAUCGAAGAGCUCCAUGCCCAGCUCGCCAACCUCCCGGAUGCGGCACUCGGCGCGUACGCGGAUGCGCUGCACCGCCGCCUGCAACCCCAUUUGGAGCGCGCCGAGGAAGAGGCUCUCUAUACGCCGACGACGCUCUUCCUCCUGGAGGAGCUCGCAGAGACGACCACGAGCCGCCCUGCGCUCCUCGACCGCGCUGGCGCACACGCCAUGAACGCCUGCCGCACGCUCCUCGACAAGGCCACCGAUCGCCACCCCCUCGAGCUGGAGCGCAGCGUGGUGAAUGCGCUGCGCCUCCUCGGCACCGCGGCGCGCGAAGGGCGCCCGGGCGUGCGUGCGAACCUGGCUGCGCUCCUCGAGCAGAUCCAGCGUCUGCCCGAGCCGCUGCACGCAGACAUUUCGCCCGCAGUGCUCGGUGCGUUGGACGCACUCUUGCGCGAGCAGCGCGGCCUGCUUGCGACGCCAGCAGAGUGGCAGCAGCUCGCGCGUGUUGUCGCGACCUACGCCAAGGUGCAGCGUGCGGACAGCGCGCGCCUCGCGUUUGACAUUGCGCGCCACCAGCUCGGCCACGCGUGCAACGCGGCGAGCUACGCGGCACUUGUCGAGCUUGCACGCGAGCUUAUUUCGACCGCCGACCGUGCGCUGUGGCUCAAUGCUAAGGAGCACGCACGCCGCACGCUCACCGAGAAGCGCGAGCUGGGCGACUGGGAAGAGGCGGUGCAGCAAGCGACGCUUGCGCUCCUUCCCGCGCUCGAGCACGUCAAGAGCGAGAUUCCGGCGCUGCUGCAAGGCAGCGACCUCGUGUCGGCGUGGCCGGCGUAUUGGCUGCCGCUGCUUGCGGCGCUCGCGCAGCAGUGCGUCAAUGCGUCGCGGCUGACGCGCCAGGCAGCGGUCGGCCACCUGCAGCGUGUGGUGCUCGCGCCGGAUGCGCUGCGCGUCGCGCCGUCGCCCGUCGCACCGCAUCUCGAGGCGAUCUUCCAAAACAUCCUCCUCCCGUUGAUGGAGACGCUGCUCAAGCCCGAGACGCUCCGUGCAGAUGCGCACGCAAAGGAGAGCAGCGGCGAGACGAUCCCUGUGACGCGCGUGCACGUGUGCAUGCUCCUGUGCCGUGCCUGGGUGCACUUCCAGGCGCCGCUUGCGGAGCAGAUGAGCAAGAGCCACGAGCGGUUUGUGCGGCUGUGGCUCGGUGUGCUGCGCUCGGUGGUGCAGCUGCUGCAGACGCAUCCGACCGACGAGGUGGACGAGCAGCUGAAGAAUAUGCUGCUUGUGAUGCAGGCCGAGCGCCUGCUCGAGGUGGGCAGUGUCGGCGAUGUGACGUGGAAGAUGGUCGACGUGGUGCGUCCCGAGCUGCGUGCGGCGGUCCAAGGCGCCGCGGCUGGCGCUGCGGCGCCUGCCGAGGAGGCCUCGGUCAAGGCGCCGGUCGAGGUGCCGGUCGAGGUGCCGGUCGAGGCGCCUGCCGAUGCGCCGGUCGAGGCGCCUGCCGAUGCGCCUGCCGAUGCGCCUGCCGAUGCGUCUGUCGCCGAUCCUGUCGAUCCCCCGAGCUCCGUCUCCUAA